UUGCAUGUAUCUGAGUGAAGCCCAGACAGCAGCAAAUUGUUACUGAGCACUUGUUGCGGCCUUGCAAAUCGCAGAUCGGUAGCAUGCCGGGUUCUUGUCUGAUCCUAGUGUUGGCUGCUGUGUCUUCGGCUGCAGCCCUUGCUCAUGCUGCUACUGUGGAGCAUACCUUCAACGUCGCCGCAUUAUCCUGGCCGCGCAUCUGCCAGCCGGGGAAUAUAAGCAUCACCGCCGUGGAUGGAGUACCCGGUCCCGUGAUCGAAGCCUACGAAGGCGACACCGUGGUGGUCCACGUCAUCAACGACUCUCCAUACGACGUGACGAUCCACUGGCACGGCGUUUUCCAGCGGGGCACGCCGUGGGCGGACGGCCCGUCGAUGGUGACGCAGUGCCCGAUCCGGCCGGGCAGCCGCUACACGUACAGGUUCAGCGUGGCCGGGCAGGAGGGCACGCUGUGGUGGCACGCGCACAGCUCCUUCCUGCGCGCCACCGUGCACGGCGCCCUCAUCAUCCGCCCGAGGCUGGCCGCCGGCGCGUACCCGUUCCCCCAGCCCGACGGCGAGGCGGUCGUCCUGCUCGGCGAGUGGUGGGACGCCGACAUCGUCCUCCUGGAACGCCAAGCCUUUUUGAGCGGCACUCCGAUCCCAAGCGCCGACGCGUACACCAUCAAUGGAAAGCCCAACCGAACCGAAAAGUUCUCGAUGCGCGGCAACUCGACCUACUUGCUGCGGAUCAUCAACGCGGCGCUCAACACGGCCUUCUUCUUCAAGGUGGCGGGGCACACGUUCACCGUCGUCGCGGCGGACGCGAGCUACACCUCGCCGUACGAAACGGACGUGAUCGUCAUCGCGCCGGGGCAGACCGUCGACGCGCUCAUGGCGGCCGACGCCACCCCUGGCUGCUACUACAUGGCAAUCUCCUCGUACCAGAGCGCGAUACCCCUGCGGCCGGGGAGCUUCAACGGCGAUGUCACCACGGCGGUCGUGGAGUACGUCGGGGCAGCACCGGCACCUGACGGCCAGCAGGCGGCGCCGGCGCAGCCCGAGAUGCCCGAACUAACCGACACCGCAACGGCUAACCGGUUCUACACCGGCAUGAUAGCACUCGUCCUCCCAGGCAGGCCGACCGUUCCGCUCGCCGUCGACACCCGCAUGUUCGUCACCGUCGGCCUCGGCUUCUCCUCCUGCCAGCCCGAGCAGACGACGUGCAACAGGAACGCCCCCGUGGUGGUGGCCAGCAUGAACAACGAGUCGUUCACGCGCCCAACCACCACGUCGCUGCUCGACGCGCGGUACGGGAACGCGUCGGACGGCGUGUACACCAGCGACUUCCCCGACCGGCCGCCCGUGGCGUUCGACUACACGAACGCGACGGAGCUGGUGGCCGGCAGCGUCGCGGCGGCGCUGUCGUCGACGGGGAGGCCGACGACGAAGGUGCGGGCUCUGCGGUACAACGCGACGGUGGAGGUGGUGCUGCAGAACACGGCGCUGGUGGGGCGCGAGAGCCACCCGAUGCACCUGCACGGGUUCAACUUCUUCGUGGUGGCGCAGGGGUUCGGUAACUACGGCGGCGGCGCCGCGGCCUCGGAGCGGCUCAACCUCGUCAACCCGCAGCAGCGGAACACCAUCGCGGUGCCCACCGGCGGGUGGGCCGUCAUCCGCUUCGUCGCCGAUAACCCAGGAAUGUGGUUCAUGCACUGCCACAUCGACUCCCACCUCUCGAUCGGCCUGGCCAUGGUGUUCGAGGUGGAGGACGGGCCGACUCCGGACACGAAGCUGCCGCCGCCGCCGCCGGACCUGCCACGCUGCUGAGGCUGCCCGGGUGUGCCGUGUACGUUUCCGCCAUGGAACCAGGCGGACCAUGGGUUGCCAGCAGAAAUAAUGUUCCGGACGAGAAGAAGACAAGCUGUAUGCUUCGAUGAUUCAUUUUGCGACUGUAUCUGUAUGGGGGUGACAAAGUGUAAAGGACACCCCACUACCCAUGUAUUUUGCAGCACGUUUUAUUAAUCUUAA